GUAGUUUCUAACACUUUUAAUUAUAUCAGGUCUAAGAGUAAGACUAGGAGUAAGAGUCUAGACUCUAGAACAUUUCAUUAGGGCAUCCCAGUUGUAGCCACGUUGUUACAAGUGUUUUUUCUGAUUGGUGAAUUUUGUUACUAGGUUCCCCACUACCUAAUUCAAGUACCUGAGGGUACCAUCCCACCCCUCCCUCACGAAGAGGGAUAAAAAAAUUUCAAGUUUAGCAAAUUUUAUCUCGCAGAGAGAUCAAGAGUUUGACAAGUUUUAAUUGUUGAGAGUAUAGAAAACUGGAGGAUAAUUUUCUGGAAGAAGUUUGAAAAUGACUUUUUUUUCCUUUGAUACAAACAAAAAAUUCUUAAAACAGGCUUUUUACAGUGCUGCUGUAAAUCUUUUUGUAGGAUUUGUCAUACUUGUGGCAAUAGCAGUGUACUUUAUCUUUAAGCCUUUUUUGCAGCCUUUGCUAUGGGCUGUUUUAUUCGGAUCAGUUCUCCAUCCCUUCAAACAGAAAAUGGCACGGUUUCUUAAAGGAUGGAUCCGAGAUUUGCAAGAAAGAAAUGCUUCUGUUACUGUACAGUUUUUUUAUUUCCCUGGUGUUUUUAUCGAUUCUAUUUCUGAAAGAUUGGGGCAUUUCAUUUUAAAAUACAUGUUGGUACUUCUAGUAAUUUUUAUUGGAAUACCAGCUGUGUUAAUAUAUUUCCAUUUUUUUCCUGUGGACAUAGUAGCAGUUUUGAUGGUAAUCUUUCAUAAUAUAGCUUUUCUACUGAACAUCUUACGCAAAUCUACUGUUUUGGUAUUCACUCUGCUGUUAAGUUACAUUAUACUUGUGAACUUCUUGCGGCCACAGAGAUCACACGCCAUCUUAUGUUGGAUCUCUGUAAUAGUAUGGUGUGUUUGUGUAUUUUAUUUUGCUGCUUUUUUUGGCUUUUUGCAAGUUCCUGUUUCCUUGUGUUUUCUAGUACUGCUUGUAGCAGGAUUUCUGAUUGAAGUUAAGAAAAAAGAAAAUGAUGAAGUUCAGGGUAGUGAACAACCAAGUGAUUCUACCAUUGUUACACAUUUGAGAAAGCGUCUGAUUUGGUUGACUUCUGAUGACAAAGAAAAGGAUGUUUCUUCAAGCACGGUUGUAGAAAGCACAUCUGAAGAAGUGCAACGUCGUGAUAUAUCUUUUUCGGGGAAAGAGCAGACAAAGAAAAAGCCUGUAGCACUCAGCACUAAAUACUUGAAAUGGUUGUUAUAUGCUUGUCUCACAGUUAAAUUUUGGAUGAAUCUAUGGCUAUUGUAUUUUCUGCCAUUGUUCUUGACCUAUCUUGUUGUGAAGAAACUUGCAUCUUAUCUUGGAGUGCUGAGAUUUGUCAGAGAUAAAACUACAGCUGUUAAAAAUGCAUUUGUUAACUGGUUUAAGAGAAGAAAAGUUGUGUUGUGUCCAACUCCAAUACAAGGCCUCUGGAGGAUUAUUGUCCUAUGUGAUAGGAAAUUCAGCUCUUGGAUUGAAGGAUCCAUAGAUACUUUUUCAAGUAUAACAGUGAUGAUUAUUCUUCUGAUUGUCAUGACCAUUGGGUUUUUAUUCUUGGCUGUACAGGUGUAUGGGGAGACUGUGCAACUAGUAAGAGUAACCAAAGAAAUAGUGAACAAAACUAUUCUCAGUAAGCCAAUAGUUCAACAGUAUUUGCCACAAAACAUGGAAGCUGUUCAUGAAAAACUGAAUGUUGUAGUAGAUCAUGCUUAUGACUAUGGAAAAAAAGGGAUUAAUAGAGUGGUAUACAAAUUUGUUGGUGAUGAAGAUGAAAAACAGUCAGCUUUGACUGAGAAACAGCUCUCAGAUAUUUGGGAUCAACUUUAUCAGCUGUGGUUGGUUAAAUAUUCAGGCACUAGCGAAGUUGAAGAAACAAUAACAUGGAGUACUGUGUUAGAUGGUCUAUCAAAUCUUGAUAUGACUCCCUUUGUGAAAUAUGUGAAGAACAAUGUGAUGGUUGUGCUAAAGUUUUUGAAGUCAUGUUGGAUAUUUGUAAAAGAAAAUCUGGCUAUAGUUUUUCGCCUCUUUCGAUCAAUUCUAAGAAUGCUAUUUCAUAGUACCAGAGCAAUUUUAAACAUCAUUAUUGGCUUGGUUAUAUUUACAACGGCCUUAUUUUACUUAUUGUCAAUUAGUGGAGAGACAUACAAACCAGUGGAAGUAAUCAGUAUACUGGUACCUUCAAGUGAAGAAGGAAACAGAAUGGGUAACAUGAUGAAAAGUGCAAUCCAGGGAGUAUUUCAUGCUUCUUUCAAGAAAGCUACAAUCUAUGCAUUAUACACAUGGUUAAUUCAUACCCUUUUCCAGGUGAUGCUGGUUUACAUGCCAACAAGUAUGACUUUUGUUUUUAUAUUUUGGCUGAAAAAACUUAUUUUUAAUUGAAACUGGUUUACAUGUAAGUUAACUAUUUUUCCAUAUUUUACCUUCUUUGCAUAGGGCUUUGCACCUUGGCAUAACCUUGACCAUUUACAACUCUUGUUACAAAGUGAUAUUGAAUAUAAAUGUAAAAUAAUUUUUGUGAUCAUCAGGCAGGCAGUAGC